UGUAACAUUUAGAUACAUUUGUGUACGGGUUUUAGUAUACUUUCAAGGGUCAUAAAUUUAAUUUUAAUUCAAACGAGUCUUAAUGUGAGCUGUUCGAGCCACUCACGCGUGAUCGUUAAUCAGAGUAGGUGCCAGCCAUUUCUUGGUACUUACAUACGAGAAUCAAGUAUCUGUCAGUCGAGGGCCUCGUAUUCAGCUGACAUCGCACUAAAGAACGGUGCCAUCGCGGCACUUACGUACCGAUAACCGUUUUGUUCGUUAUCGCACUUUCGAGAUUUCAUGUACUACCGAUCGCGUGUGUUUUUUCCUCAAUUUCAAAGCUGUUAUUGGCUUCAAACGAAGGUCCACACAUCAUAUAUACCCAUGUGAAUGUGAUUAAAUGCAAUAGAUAACAACUAAAACGAGUGUGACCACGCCGAGAGUACCGGAUAAAAGUGAAACAUGGGAGAUAUUCUACCGUAACGUAAAUAAAUAUUAUAAUGUUGCACGUGCACGGGAUUUGUUGAUGUAUAUAUCGGUGUGGAGAUUUGGACUGCAACUAGCUACGGAGGUGACGUUUUUCACCGGCAAACAGGUGAAAAGCUGUAAUAAUGUCCGGCAGACCGGUCGCGAGACAAGACUCCGACACUUUGUCGAACUUUGGCCAGAGGGAACGGCUCUUUAAGAUUCUCGUCAUUGGCGACUACGGCGUUGGAAAAACCGCCAUAGUCAGAAGGUACACAGAGGGAAAAUUUUCGUCCAACUACAAAAUUACGAUUGGCGCCGAUUUCGCGAUUAAAUCGCUCAACUGGGAUGCGGAGACUAAAAUCAAUCUACAGCUUUGGGACAUUGCCGGGCACGAGCGAUUCGGCUACAUGACGCGGGUGUACUACAAGUACGCCGUGGCUGCCGCUUUGGUCUUCGACAUAUCACGAGUGGCGACUUUCCGAUCCGUCAAAAAGUGGCUUGCCGAUCUCCGCGAGAAAACCGGGGAUCUCCCUGUCGUUUUGCUGGCCAACAAAUGCGACAUCAACCAGGCAGCCGUCACCAACGACCAGAUCGUCAAGUUCUGCAAGGAGAACGAUAUUGGCUCGUGGUUCAUCACCUCCGCCAAGGAAAACUCAAAUAUUGAUAAAGCAAUGAACUACUUGGUUAACGUAAUUCUUAAUUCCGUCAGCGAAGAGCCGCUACGGGAAUCCAUCAGACUUCGAGACAACAACACUGCGCCGGAGAAGAAAAGUUGUUGUAAAUCCUUAUGAGUUUUUCAAUGGGUGAACAGCGAACACUGACUUUUUUUCCGAGUUCAACAUGAAU